AUGAGUAAGAACGAUUUCGGCGAAUUAUAUGAAGCAACAUCAAAGCACAUAAAGCAGUUGAUUAUACUUGCUAAUUCGAAAAAAUAUGCUACGGCAGAAUUCGAUGAAUCAUUAAAAUCAUUUGUGAAUAGUUUCAGCCCUGAAGACGCACCAGCAAAUAUAGCAGAGUAUCGUACAAAGGUUGCGGUAGAUAUAUUGUCAAGGUUAUCGGUUUUUGACAACCUUAUAUCUGUUUAUCGUGAAUUAGGAAGAAUGGCUAUUCCAUUAAGUUAUUCUACAUUCAAUCCACUUCCUUGUGAAAAAUGGGUCCUCAAGCUGACGGAUUUCAACAAUCAUUGA